AAGGAAGCACACCAUUGGAGUGGGCAUAUCGUUGUUUUAAGUGUUUUAAGGAUAACGAGAAAUUGUUUAAAGUAAUGAAAGAAGCGACAUUUCAUGAAGAACCUAAACUCUAAUAAACACUGUUGGACCUCGAACCAUUAAAAAAAAACAUCAAUAACUUUACGAUGAAAAUUUAUAUAAUUUUAAUAUUAAUUGCACUUACAUCUGCAACAGAAUGGAAACUUAACACAAUGGAAGAAUGGAGACAAAUUCACAAGACAUGUGCUCAACGCUAUCCAGUAUCACCAGAAGUUCUUGAGAAGGCAAAACUUGAUAAAUAUCCACCCAAAGAAAUGUUUCAAUCAAUUCUCUGCAUAUUACGUGGUAUUGAUGUUUGGACUGAUACGGAAGGAUUUUCAGUCGAUAGACUGAUGAUCAGUCUUGAAAAAGUUCCUGUUGAAGAAAAUAUUACCAAAAAGUUCUUACGUGAUAGUAUUGAGAGGUGCCUUGAUAAUAAUAGUGAGAAAACUACAUCAUUGGAUUGGGCAUAUCGUUGUUUUAAUUGUUUUAAGGAUAAUGAGAAAUUUUUCAAAGUUUUAAGAGAAGCUAAAUUUUACGAGGAACCAGAACUUCUAUAAGAAAAAUUAGUAAUUUUAGUCUUUAUGAUGAAUUAUAGCUGUCGGUACUACUGAAAAAAUGAAAAUAAACAGAAAUUGAUUAAAUAACCUCCAAUUAUGAAAAACUAAAUUCCAU